UGCUAAUGAUGGAAAGAGGAAGAGUAACUUCUGCAAACUCCUCCUCUCCAUUUACAGGAUGGAAAGCAGCACUCUUUCUCUGAAACUCUUUCUGCAGCUCAUGAACUCUGUGAAGAAAGGAACCCAGAGAGAGGAGACGCCAUGAGUCUGACUGCAGCACUGAGAGGAUUUGUUGUUGUUCUUUGCUGGUUUGCAGGGAUUCACAGUCAAACAUGGGGAGUGGAAUACGCCUCCAAACACAUCUGUGCCUUUGAAGGAUCCACAGUGGAAAUAUCCUGCACCUACACAUACCCACCCUGGAUAAGUUACAAGAAAACUGUUGUUCAGAGAGAAUUCUGGUAUGCUAAACUGAAGGACAAAAACCCACUGGACCUGAGAGAAGAUCCUGACUAUGCAGGCAGAGUCACAUAUCGCUGUUCUGAACAGAGCUGCUCACUGAGGAUCAGUGGUCUGAGACUGAAUGACUUUGCUGAGUACAGGUUCAAGUUUGAGACAAACCAACCUGAUGGGAGUUUCACCGGUAAACCAGGAGUCUCUCUGACUGUAACAGAUCUCCAAGUGCUGAGUCAAAGAAAGAGGGAGUGCCUUAGAGAUCCAUGUGCAUUGUUUGAGCUUACAUGUCACAGCAGAUGUGUUCUUCCUCAUUCUUCCUACGUGUGGUACAAAAAUGGUGAAAUAACAACGGCUGGAUCACAACAAAAGUACUCAGAUUGGUUUUACACUGCAGACAGUGUUUCCUGUGCUGUAAGAGGACACGAGUCUUUCCACUCUCCUGCUGUGUGUGUUUAUGGGAGUUCAUGCAACAAAGUGUCUUACACUGAAAGAAGCAUCUGUGCCUUCAGAGGAUCAACAGUGAUCAUUUCUUGUUCUUUCCAAAUUGAAAGCUCACAUUCAUCAGAUUACUGGUUCAGUGUUCGUGGUCAGCAGCGCUACUACCAGAACACUGGAGGACAUGAUUCAUCUAAAAAUCGGUUUCAAGUAAAAAAUGAUCAAUAUCAAUCAAGUCUGACCAUCAGUGACCUGACAGACAGUGAUGCAGAUGAGUAUCGGUGUAAAACAACAUGGUGGGGCAGAGAUUUCCCUGGAACAACUCUCACUGUUGUUGAUCCUGGUGUGCAGGUGAUCUGGUCUGGACAGGAACUGGUUUGUCACAGCAGCUGCUUUCCUCUGCAUCACCUUUCCUUCACGUGGUUCAUGAAUGGACAGGAAGUUCAGGGAGAAACUUCUUCUUAUUACAGAAAACCUGUUUCUCCUGAAGCCUCCUACUCCUGUUCUUACCAGGGUCACCGCUCACCUGAAGUCUAUGCUCCAAAGUCCGUUUCUGUAUCCAUGAGUCUGACUGAGAUUAUGGAGGGCAGUUCAGUGACUCUGACCUGCAGCUGUGAUGCUAACCCAGCAGCUAACUUCUCCUGGUACAAGAAGGAUGAAAACUCACCAAAAGCAUCUGGACCAAUCUGGACCAUCAGUGAUUUCAGAGCUGAACACAGCGGCUUAAAUUACUGUGAAGCAGAGAACAGAAGAGGACGUCUGAACUCCAGUUUAUAUCUGAUUGAAGCAGAAACAGGUUCAUGGAAAUCAGCAGCAACUGCAAAGACCACAUUUGCUGUUUUGUUGUUUGUCUUUAUCCCUGCCUUUCUUUGGAUCAGAAAAAACAGGCGUGUCACAGAGCAGCAGGAGAAAAGAGCUGCCAACAGAAGUCAGCUCAACACGAGUCCAGACAUCAACAGUCCAUCUGCAGAAACAGAAGCAGCAGAAGAGCAGCUUGAGCUUCAUUACAGCAGCAUCCAUUUCUCUAAGAACCAGGAGGAAUGUCUGUACUCCAACAUCAGGAGAAAUCCCAAACCCAGACAGAGACCAGAGGACAACUCUGUUGAAUAAUCAGCAAGAAAUCUGCUGAAGCUAAAAAAACAACAGAAGCUGAACAUUCAGAGGAUUUUGCUUUUUACAGCACCGUCAACAAAGUCUCAUCCUGAUGCAGGAAAUUCAGAUUUACCUUCACCUUCUACUGUUAUUGACGUGUUUGAUUUAAGAAGAUUCUCAGCUUGGUCACUUUUUCUCUUAAAUGAUUCAUGAAAAACACAACAAUCCAAUAUAAUCAGGAGAACCGACUGUUUUUUUUAUAAAAUUACUUUCACUUAAACAUGUUUUUUAGGAUGAUUUUUUUAUGUGAGGUUAUUACAAACAGAAACAUCUGCAUUAUUGUUGUGCCGGCUUGGUCAUUAUUCCACACAGACGAGAGGCACUAGAGUUCCUGCACUGCUGUUAAUGUGGUUUUCUUUUCUUCAGACUUUAUUCUGCAUCAACAUCGUAGAACUAGCAAACAUAAGUAAUGAAUAACUAUAGCACGUACCUUCACACAAAUAAUGCACAAAAGAAUACAAAUACAUACAACUUUGGCCUGCUAAUGAGCCAACCGGAGAACUAAACACAAUCAAUCUUCUUAA